AUGCGUUUGUCUUUGACUCAGCAGUGCUCCUCCAGAACACUGCUCUUGUUGCUGGUAUCCAACCUGCUCCUGUGGGAGGACAUGGCCUCUCCUGUGAAAGCUGAAACAUUGAAUGUGUCCAACCAGACACUCUUCAAUGAGGCAAUCAAGACUUCCCAGGAUAUGAAUCGCCGAAUUCUCUUCCUGUCCACUCACUUUAAUAUGGUUUAUGCCCAAGGCCGAGGAUUUAACCAGAGGACCUUCAAAUGCCACACUUCUUCCCUCUCUAGUCCGGAAAACAAGGAGCAAGCUGAAAAUAUCCAAUCGGAAGUCCUCCUGAAGUUGGUGCACAGUCUAAUGCAAGCCUGGGUCAACCCUCUGUACCAUCUAUGGGCUGAAAUGGGUGAGAGGCUGGGAUACACUCCUUCUAAACUCACAAAAGCCUUGGAGAUUAAAACUUUACACAGAAGUCUCCUGAAGACCCUGCAGAAGAUAACCAUCAAUGGUACUUCUGUAAUCGAAGCAAAUGGGAACUACCCUGCUUGGUCUGAAUUGGGAUUCAUGCAGUCGAAUAACAGAGACACUAAAUAUUUUGCCUUUUUUAAACUGUUUCACUGCCUGCAAAAGGACUCAGAGUGUGCGGAAAUGUUGCUAAAGCUCCUGAAUUGCCGACUGUUCCAAAGAAACUGCUAA